AUGUAAUCUGGACAGCUCUUGAAUUUGUAAAGGCUUGAGAGAUAAUACUUACAGACACUUUCUUAGAACGGAUGGGAAUCUCCUGUUGUUGUUAAUGCAGCAGUUGAAUUUGCAAAUACGUUGAUAAGAGAUGGAAGAUCUCUAUUAAAAUCUGGUAACAAUCCUUAAGCAGAAAUGUUCUUCAAUCGAGCAAAGGAAGUAGAUAAUAUUAUAAUGACAUAUAGAUUACAACUCCGAUUUCAAUCACUAGUGGAAUAUUUUAUACAGCCAAUUUUGUUCGUGCAAGAGGCAAUGCAAUAUUGCAGAUUGUCCAAUUGUAUGAGUAGCAGAAUCAAUAUCAAAAAGCCUGGAUGAAUAUCAAGGAAGUAUUGCCUUUUAUGGAAAAGUUUGCUUAUACUAAAAGAGUAAAUAUUAACGAGGAUGAUUAAAAUGUGUUAAAAUUGUAUGUGUAGUUACUGUUUCAUGGAUGCGAAGUCUGUAGAAUGAUGCAUAGAAAGGAUGAUAUGUUGGACUAAUGCAAUAAAUAUGUCGAGAUCUUGAAUCGUUUGGGUAUCACUUUUGACUCUUUACGAAAUCUAACCAAGGACGAAUUUCAUUAAGAAUUCAAAAAAUGGUUUUUGAUGUUGGCAAAGGCUUUUUAUUAUAUUGGUAAAUCGUAAUUCAAAGUUGGAUUUGAGAAGGAAGCACUUCGUAAUCUCUAUAAAUCCUGGUAAAUAUCUGAGUUAAUCUAUGGAAUGGAUGCUCCUGCUACGAUGAAAGCAAGGGAUAAAUAUGAGAAAUUGAGUUAGAAAAUGGAAUUUGAAAUGAUUAUGGGAAAAGAGAAGGUGGAUUUUCAAUAAUUCAAGGAUGAUUUACAAAAGGACGUUGGAUAAGAACUGCUCAAAAAAGUGGUUACACUAAAACCAAACAAAAAUUUUAAUGUAUUCUUAUAUCAGUUAUUUCACAUAGCAUCAUGUAAUUCAGUAAGUCAAAUCGUAUCAGCAAAUAGUAGGACAAUUAACCUAACACACAACCAAGUACUAGAUGCCAGAAUAUGUUAAAAAAGUCAGAAUAGAAUACGAAGAUAAACUAAGAACCAUAUCAUAUCAAUAGAAAUUUGAUGACUCCAAUAAUAAAUAGAAAUAAUACCAAAUCAAAAAUAAGAAAUCCUCGUCCAGAGCUGUCUCCACUUACAAUCAAUCUCUGUUACCUCAAGAUAGACUGUUCUCCCCUAGAUUGUCCAAUGCAACCUAAUCUCAAAGAAGUAGUCUCUAUUAAUUGGAGAACCACAUGGAUUAGUUAAAGUAAGGUAUAUAGAUUUUACAUAGAUAACAAUUGUACACUACAGAAUUAAAGAAGGAUACAGUAGAUGAUUUAUUGUUGUCUAGACCGUAGAUCAAAUCAGAAUAUGUGGUACAAAAAAAGAAGAAGAAUGAUAACAAAGAAACUGAAUCUGCUUAACAAAUUAAAAAUAUUAGCAAAAAGAAAUUUUUAUCAAAUAGAUUGAUUCCUCGUGUUUUAAAUAAAUAGAGUAGUCAACUAAUCCACAUUAAAUCCGACUCUCAAUAGAGUGAAUAGAAAAUACAUAAGUUGCAAACCAUUUAAGAUUUAAACUAAUAAUAACAAAUGGAUGAUUUGCAUGUUCCUACCACUGAAUCCCUUUUAGCCUAAUAAUAGCAAUAACAAAUCUAGCAGCUGCCUAUAAUCUAGAAUGUGCUAACGGAAAUGUCAGAACAGAAUGACAAUCAUUUUGCAGACCUCCUCAAUAAGUAUACAAUAGAUUAGUUGAAUUUGGCAGCCUCUAUCAUUUAGUCUUGUUAUAGGAGAUAUUCUAAAGGGAUAAAGAAGGUGCAAUCGGUAUAAACGAUUGAAUUGACACCUAUCAAUCUUCCUAGACCCAUUAAUGCAACAUAAAUCAGUGAGAAAAUAGAUAGCUAAUAAACAGGAAGGAAUCAAAUGAAAGUCUCAGUUAAAGAAAUGAAGAAUUCAGUAAGGAGACGAAACUUUGGAUUUGAUUCUAUUGUUAGAGAAAUCAAAAAUACUGAUUCCGACUAAUCUAGUUCAAAUAAAGCGAAGACGGUAAUGCUAUAUAAAUUUAAUUAUCAUAGUUGGUCUCAAUCAUUAAAGAAUUCUACAAUUUACCAGAGUCUGAAUUGUACUUCUUAUCUAAGUUGUUCUUUGAUUCUGAAAUUAAGAUUUGGAAACUCUCCAAUAUUUGGGUCAGAGCCUUUAGUGAUGCCAACUCUCAAAAUCCAGACACAGAAGAAGAAGAACAAAUACAACAACAUGACAUAUCUGCUAGUGAAAUUUGUAUAUAUUUGUAGUAAACUUCAAUUAGAAAAUUAGUUACAAUACAUCAUGAACAUAUUUGCAGAUGUUUAAUCAAUUAAAGCAUUGCAAUUAAUUGUUUAUUUUAGAUUGUCUAAUGAUAAAUAAUAAUACACACUCAAUUUCAAAAUAAAUAAUUUUGCCAGUUACUUGGAUGAAUAUCAAAGGUGGUUUUCCAAAGAUAGACUACAAAACUUUAAUGGCUUGUUGAGCAUUUAUUGUAAAUAAUAAACACUGCAUCAAUCCAACAAAUGUCAUGCCAUCAUAUUUUCUGGUGCUGAAUAUGCCCAUGAAAUAGUGAGUAAACUGUUAUAUGCCUUAAAAAAUCAUUACUAUNCACUACAGAAUUAAAGAAGGAUACAGUAGAUGAUUUAUUGUUGUCUAGACCGUAGAUCAAAUCAGAAUAUGUGGUACAAAAAAAGAAGAAGAAUGAUAACAAAGAAACUGAAUCUGCUUAACAAAUUAAAAAUAUUAGCAAAAAGAAAUUUUUAUCAAAUAGAUUGAUUCCUCGUGUUUUAAAUAAAUAGAGUAGUCAACUAAUCCACAUUAAAUCCGACUCUCAAUAGAGUGAAUAGAAAAUACAUAAGUUGCAAACCAUUUAAGAUUUAAACUAAUAAUAACAAAUGGAUGAUUUGCAUGUUCCUACCACUGAAUCCCUUUUAGCCUAAUAAUAGCAAUAACAAAUCUAGCAGCUGCCUAUAAUCUAGAAUGUGCUAACGGAAAUGUCAGAACAGAAUGACAAUCAUUUUGCAGACCUCCUCAAUAAGUAUACAAUAGAUUAGUUGAAUUUGGCAGCCUCUAUCAUUUAGUCUUGUUAUAGGAGAUAUUCUAAAGGGAUAAAGAAGGUGCAAUCGGUAUAAACGAUUGAAUUGACACCUAUCAAUCUUCCUAGACCCAUUAAUGCAACAUAAAUCAGUGAGAAAAUAGAUAGCUAAUAAACAGGAAGGAAUCAAAUGAAAGUCUCAGUUAAAGAAAUGAAGAAUUCAGUAAGGAGACGAAACUUUGGAUUUGAUUCUAUUGUUAGAGAAAUCAAAAAUACUGAUUCCGACUAAUCUAGUUCAAAUAAAGCGAAGACGGUAAUGCUAUAUAAAUUUAAUUAUCAUAGUUGGUCUCAAUCAUUAAAGAAUUCUACAAUUUACCAGAGUCUGAAUUGUACUUCUUAUCUAAGUUGUUCUUUGAUUCUGAAAUUAAGAUUUGGAAACUCUCCAAUAUUUGGGUCAGAGCCUUUAGUGAUGCCAACUCUCAAAAUCCAGACACAGAAGAAGAAGAACAAAUACAACAACAUGACAUAUCUGCUAGUGAAAUUUGUAUAUAUUUGUAGUAAACUUCAAUUAGAAAAUUAGUUACAAUACAUCAUGAACAUAUUUGCAGAUGUUUAAUCAAUUAAAGCAUUGCAAUUAAUUGUUUAUUUUAGAUUGUCUAAUGAUAAAUAAUAAUACACACUCAAUUUCAAAAUAAAUAAUUUUGCCAGUUACUUGGAUGAAUAUCAAAGGUGGUUUUCCAAAGAUAGACUACAAAACUUUAAUGGCUUGUUGAGCAUUUAUUGUAAAUAAUAAACACUGCAUCAAUCCAACAAAUGUCAUGCCAUCAUAUUUUCUGGUGCUGAAUAUGCCCAUGAAAUAGUGAGUAAACUGUUAUAUGCCUUAAAAAAUCAUUACUAUUUGAUCAGAUCAGUUGUUGGUUUCAAAAUAAUCUCUAUGAAGGAUGUAAUAUAACAUCAAUUACAACAUGAUAUCAUUGACAUUAGAUCCUAUUACAAAAACAAGUAGAUUGAGAAGGAGAACAAAAGAAGAAUGAUACAAAGAUAAUUGAAAAUAGAACCCAUCAAAAUCAUAGAACAUUAAACAGAAGAAUUGCCAACUAUAUCAUCGUCAUCUAGAAACAGAAAUCAACAACUCUUUCCAGAUGAAAUUAAAUAAUCUCAAGAACAAAGUAUUGAAAUUUAAGACUCAGAUGAUAAUAAAUCUGACCUUUCAAAAGGAGGUGUCACAUCUUAAUCCCCAACUGAUUAAAAACAUUAUUCCAAUCAUUUUAAAUCCAUUGAAAAUAUUUCCGAAAAGGAUUUUAUCUAAGAGAUUCCACAGAGAAACCCUAAGAAAUAAUAUUCUGUAAUUCAUAAUAGAAAUACAAUGGCUAGUCCUAGAUUUGAUUCAAUUAUCUCCUCAUAAGCAUUGAUUCGCAAUGCUGUGCAAAGGAAAACACAUGUAAGCCACUUUUUGGAAUUUUCCAAGAAACAAAAACCAGAGGAAAUAAAAAAAGAAGAGUUUAAUUUCGAACCUCCCGUUUCCAAAUAAAGUCUCGACGACUAUAGUAGAGAUCGAUCACAAUCAGAUAUAUAAUUUCUUAAUGAUUAUCUACCUGAAUUCUAAUUUGCCAAUCUGGCAGACUUUGCAGAAUAUCAACCGCAAGAAGGACCAAUCAUUUCAUUUAAAACAUAGUUUAACUACAAAUCUACUUACUUCCCUCCUAGAGGUUAAGUCAUCUAGCCAGAACCUGAAUAGUUCCUCCCAGAAUUUCCUGAUUAAUUUAUAAUGCUGAACGUAACAUUAAAGUAAGAUAAUACUAUUAAAACUGGCUAUGUCCUUUAUGAGGAUGGUUCAACAUAUUUGGUAAUUGAUAAUCAAGCUGGAAAUAUUAUUAAAUAAUUGAUUUAAAUAGAUCCUGGUAUCAGAUUGCCUAAUCGUCAAAAGAAAUUGCAAAUCUUGGAACUAUUACAAGAUAAAAAAAGUAGUUCAUAGAAAUUGUCCUUUGUUCAGGAACUAAAAUAAUAUAAUUACAGACAUACUGAAAUUAUGUUAGAUAGGUAUAUUAAGAGAGUUAAUCACUAUGACGAGUUCAUACACAAUGAAAUCCAUUAAUACUUAAGUAGCAAUCAAGUGAUGCCUCAAACAGAAAUCAAUUGUCUUAAUUAUUCUGAAAAAAGAACCUCCCUAAUAUUAAUGCCAGAUUUUAAUAGGACUGAAACUGAAGAGGGCAUUCAAUUGACUGUUGAAACUGGGGUCAAUCAAUCAAAUGAAGAUGUAAUAGAUAGAUAAACCUUUCUUACUUAUAGAUCCAAGUUCAAUAUAAACAACAAUAAAUUCUAUUAUUUUGAAGACAAUCUAAAUUUUAAAGUUGAGACGUGCUUUCGAGAAGCCAAAAUUCUAGACACCAAACUCUUGUAUCUGAGUGAUUAAUAAGCAAAGUAAGAUUUGCUUGUACUCAAAUAGAACAUGCAUGAAUUGAUAAGGAAUUAGAAACUUUUGGUGAAGAUCACUCUAUACAAUCCUAAUAAACAUUUGUAUUUUUUUCGUACAAUUCAAUCAAUUUAAGAUAUUGAGAAGAUGCUUCAUAUUUUCAUUAAACCAUAAUUGAUAGGGUAUUAAAUUAAAUCACAAGCCAAAUUACAAAGGAAAUUAAUAGGGAGAGCUUUGUAAUUCAAUAGAUAGUUCGUUAGUUUGGAGGAACGGAAUAGGGAUAAGUUUAGUGCUUUGGAUUAGUUUUUAUUGAUGUACAUAAUUGAUCCUUUGUAAUUCAUAAAUAAUGAAAAUCAUAGAUUAUUAAAAUAAACAAUCCUUUUUUAUUAUUUCAAGUAACAGUUGAAAUUGACUCUGAUAUCUUCAAGUCGUUUAAGGUAUUUCAUGAAAACCUACUUUCAUCGCAAAACCUUUAAUGCUUAAAGUAGAGUAAGCAAUAUAGGUAAGGUGUUUGUGGAAUGUGAAGUGUAUUAAUUUAAUGAAUUCUACUGUGAUCAAUUAACAAAUGAACACACAUACUUCUAUUUUCAAAUUACUCCUUAGGAAAGCAGAACCAAGGUUUUUAAGUUGGUUUUGGACUUUGCUGACAUCAAAAGUAUUUGUAAUAAAGUGACAACACACAAUUGUUUUCAAGACAAGGUGCUGCAUGAGAUCAUUAAAAUAUUGACUGCUUAUUUGGUAUGUUACAGAACCAAUACUUAUCAUGGAAUCAAAAUACCAUUAUCUUAUAUUGCAAGUCAAUCCAAAUACGAUCUUCACAAUACAUUCACUGAAGUAACAUAUGGAAGCAACAUUCUAGAAGAACAACAACAUGCCAGAUCUUCUCAUCCCAAAUUAUCCAUAUUGAUUAGUGAUCCUACUCUUAGAAGAAAAUCUUAAGCUUAAAUCAUGGAUGUGCAAAUAGAUAAUCUAUAAAUGCCAGAAGAAGCUAACAAAAUCUUAAAGAAUACUACUAUGUUAACUCCCAUUUUUAGAGGAUAGAAAUUUAUUUAUAAAACUACAAAAAUUGUAAAUAACAUGUAUGUCAUCAUCACCAUAUCUUAUUUAUCUCUCAACAAAUUUCAAAUUGGAUUGUAUAUACCACAAACUUGUAGGAAUUUCAGUUGCUAUAUCUCAUCAAAUGAUUUCCAAAACAUGAAUCCUGUCUUCCUAGAAUCCAUAUUCCCCUCCUGUUUAGUGACCAAGGAAACUAUAGACCAAUUCUAUAUCAAUAGAUGGAAAUUCUCUGAAAUGAACAAAAUAUAUCAAAUGGCUAUCAAUCACCCAGAUGAAUUUGAAGACUUCUAUAGUGAAAUGCGAAGUCAGGCUAGAGCUAUUCCACAGUCAGAACUAUAAAAGUUAACUGAAAGCAAGGUUUCCAUUAAUAAUGAGGAUGAAUUCUUAGAUAAACCUUUGGAUGAUACUCCUAAAAUGCUUGAUUCCUUUAGUGAUCAAAGUAGAUAAAAUGCAAGAUCCUCAACACAACCUCCUCUCUUUGUUAAAAAAUUAUUCUCCAAGUAGUUUUCAGUGCAAAACUCUAUUGGUCAGACUAAUAUGAGAUUGCCAUUGCCCAUCUCAUAAUAUUAAUAAAAAACAGAUAAGAGUAUUUUUUAUAGAAAUAGUCCUAGAGUAUCAAAUUAAGAUAGCAUUGAAAAUCUGUACUCAAGUGAUAAGGAUUUAUUUUUUAAUUAGAUUCUUGUAAGAAAGAACAAUCUUGAUAUGAUUUCAACCUUCGAAAUUAAAAUUUGGGAAUCCCUUAUUGACAGAGUAAAAAUUACUAAGAAUCAAUAAAAUCGAUUUAUACUCAACCUUGAUACAUUUAAAGGGGUUUUGCGGGAGAAUUUAUAUACCCAAGUCGUGUAUUUGGGUAAUGAAGUUAAUGCCCUAUUCGAAGUAUUUGUUGAGAACAUUAGAAAACCCUUUAAUAUGUUGAAACCAUACAUACCAAUCAGAUUAAAUGAGAGUUAGAAUUUUUAAUUAUAUUAAAGAAUUACUCUCUUUGAACAACCAAAAAUAGUUAAUUUUAAACUAAUGUUGAGGAAGGUACUAUAUAGUUAUUAUAACGAUGAAAGGAGAAACCUUCAGAAUUUAAAAUUGAAUGAUUGUAGUGUAGAUCAAUAUGAAUUCAUAGAAUCAGAUAUCUAAAAGUGUUCAGUAUACAUGCUAAACAAAUUGAAAAAAUAACUAAAAUUGAAUCCCUCUAAAUUUAUCGUUUAAGAUGUGUAAGGAGAUGAGAAAUGCCCUUAAGUAAUUAAAGUGAAUGCCAAUUAUGAAUAAUACUCCUCUUUCAAAGUAUGUAUAAAUAUCUAACUAUAUUAGUCGUAUUAAUAUACGUUGUUAAAGAGAAUGGUAUUUACAAUGAGGCCUACUCAAAUCCAUGUUUCAAUAUUUUAUUAGGAAAAGAGAUAAAGAUUUUGGUUAUAUUUUGAAAGUAUGAAAAAUUGCAAAAACACAACUGUUAAGUAUAAUUUAAAGGAAAUUCAGCAUUGCAUUCCUAAUGCCAUUGGUCUAUUAAAUUUGGGUCUACACUAGGAAUUAGGUAAUAGAAUAUAUCGAAGCUUUAAAAAUAGAUUAUUAGUCUCCACACAUCAAAUAUUAUAAUGA